AUUGCCCACUAUCUGGUGAUCCUAACAGAAGGUUGCACCUUUCUCCAGCAAAAUGAUUGCUCGCUCUCUCUGGGUUCAUGCCCCUAGUUAUGCUGCUCGACUUGUAUUUGUAGGACAAGCUUUUCCUUUUCAGAGAUCACAUGUACAUAUACAUACAUACCUAGUACAUACAUGGCAGAUCUUAUUGUAUAAAACGCUCAAAAUGGGGAAGAGUUGAGAGUUGGAAACUUGGAAACUUAUAUACUAGGUACGAUCACCCUUCACUCACUUAAAUAUCCGUACAAUAAUAAAUAUGCCUCCUUUACGGCGGAUACAACUUCCUAGCCCCAUCAUUCGUUUCUGAUAUCCACACAGUACAUGGACAUUGAACGGCUGAAUAACCCGGUCAUUUUUACCUCUUACCUCUUCUUCCUUGUCCUAACUGUUGGUUCAAUCCAUAUUAAAAAUCCAUUGACUCAUCCAUAUCUCAUCCUCAUCGUUCGAGAACAUUUAGUCCGUACAUAUGAAUCCAAACUAAUCCUCAUUGACCUUCUAAUACCUUGUCUUUGCCCUGCCAAGCUACAGUAACAUACCGUUGUUCACACAUAACCCUCGUGCCCCAUUGGUCUCACUUUACCACUGUCUCGGGUCCUUUCUGAGAUCGGCUCGUCCAAAAAGAGGUAUGUGUGCCGCGUUUACUCGUUACUGUAUGCUUUGUUAAUCAUUCUAUCCUCAUGCAAAAGGUCGGCUGGAUAUACACACCACCAUUGUACCAAUGUAUGCUUCGUUUUCUGUACUUCCUCAUCUUAGAGUACAAGUUAUGAUACUUGGCAUGAUUUCUCUAGACAAAAUGUAUAUAUCCACACGUAACGGAGCUGAUACUUUCAUUUCAUAGUAUGAUAUCCUCUUGAGCAUGUAGUACAGAGCUCGUUCUUGAACCUUCCACUUCCCUUCACCCACCUCAUCACCAACCAUCUUUUCAUGGUCAAGGAUAGGGUUGGUGGUGUUGUGUCCCUAUUACAUCUUCCAACAUGUCAUCAAGUCAACCAAACAUAGAAAAUAUUGAUCAAUUUGAUGCUCAUCGAAAAAUUUCACUCUGUGUGGAAUCGGGUUCAACAUCUCAAAACCCAGAAAUCAAACUUGAUCAACAUGGAUUACCAUUGGUACCUCAACCCAGCCACUUUAAAGAUGAUCCAUUGGUAUGUUGUUUUUUAAAUCAUUAUCCGAUAUUGCCGAAAUAUCUCAAAUUGUCAAAUACAUCCUUUCAUCUCAUUCAAAUUUCAUCGCUUCGAUGAAUCAACACAACGCUGAUAAUCUACAUACAGAAUUGGCCAACAUGGCUCAAAUGGGCAGUUCUCAUUCAAGUUGGCUAUAUGGCAGCCUUAGGACCAUACAAUGCUGCCCUCAUUAAUCCAAGUUUAGUUCUCCUAAGUAAGACGCUUGAUAUCAGUCCUCAAGUAGCCGCAUACAGUACAACUACAGCAAUUAUCACGGGAGGUGUUUCACCAUUCAUUUAUGCACCUCUUACAAAUAUCUAUGGUCGUAGACCUAUCACUCUAUUCGCAAUCAUCUUGACUAUCAUUGGAGGAGUAACAUCAGCUUGCUCAACUACAUUUGCCCAACUAGUUGGUACAAGGGCACUUUGUGGGGCUGGCUUUGGUGGGAUGAUGUCAGUUGGAACUGCUUGUGUGAAUGAUAUGUUUUUUCUUCAUCAAAGAGGUGAAGCUACUGGUGUAUAUUCUGUUUUUAUCACAAAUGGUGCUCAUGUAGCUGCUAUCAGUAGGUUAACUCUUCCAAGUUAAGUUUCAUAUGAACAAGUAAUUAACCCAAUCAAUAUAGUUGGUGGUUAUCUUGGUUCAUCCUUAGGUUGGCAAUGGGAUUACUGGAUUGGAGCCAUCAGUACAUCUAUUUCACUCCUCCUUGCCAUUUUUCUCUUCCCCGAAACACUCUUCUCUCGAGAUCCAUCUUAUCUCUCUACACGUACCAAAACUCGCACAUACUAUGAACUUCUCUUUGAUUUUCGAGGAAACACUCUCCCUAAUCGUUCACUCCACUUUUCCCAUUUCUUCCAAUCCUUCUAUAUGCUCCGCUACCCUUCUAUCUUCUUUCCUUUUUGGUACUACACAUGGGCAUGGACUUUUAUUAAUGUCAUGCCGGCUAUCACCAUCGCAACCAUAUACACAGGAUUUUACCAUUUAAAAUCCGGUCCUAUCGGUCUCUGUCUAGGUGUUUCUCUCAUGAUUGGUAGUUUUCUUGGAGAACUCAGCGCGGGAAAAGCAAGUGAUUAUGUUAUGUAUCGUAUGGCGAAGAAAAAUGGAAAUUUAAGGAAACCAGAAUAUAGACUUUAUCUUUGUUGUUUAUCAGCGGUAUUUAUGCCGGUUGGAUUAAUUAUUUUUGGGGCUACGGUGGGAAAAGUUCAUUAUAUAAUUCCUCUUAUUGGAUUGUCUAUUGGUAUGUUUGUUCGUUUACUUAUUUAUAUCCUAUCAUUUUCUCCCCCUAUUCAGUCUCGCCAUUUCCAAUUCUACAAACCCCCUUCCACUCUCCCUCUUACCUUCCACACCAAAACCCAAACCCCCACUAAUAUCCUCCCCUCCCCACCAUAGGUGUCUUCGGUCUCCAAAUCGCCUCCACAACCCUCUACGCCUACGUCUCCGACUGCUACAAACCCCAAACAGCCGAAACAGGCGUCCUUUUUAAUCUUUCCCGCGGUCUCUCAUUCGUCGUUGGUUAUUUUGCUUUGCCGUUUGCGGAUGAAGUCGGGUUUAUGUGGGCGUGGUUUACUUUUGCGAUGACGCUUUUGGUGUUUUUCCCGGUUGGGGCGUUGAUUUGGUGGGGGAGGUGGAGGGGAGGGGUGUGGAGGGGAGGGGUGUGCCGGGGUUUCAUAGGUGGUUGUAGGUGGUUGUAGGGGGUUUGGGGGUUUGGGGGAUGGGGAUGG